AUGGAAAUUCAAGCUCGAGUUCAGAGCGAGUUACACGUUAGCAUAUCAUAUAGCAAGGCUUGGCGGGCACAGAAUAAAGCACUACAAAUUAUAUACGGUAGUUGGGAGCAAUCAUACUGCGACCUUCCUCGAUACUUCUCUAUGUUGGAAUCAACAAAUCCAGGAACUAUUACAAAGAUUGAGUAUAUUAGUGUGGCGAGCAAUACGAGAAUGUUUUCACGAGCCUUUUGGGCUUUUGGACCGUCGAUUCAUGGUUGGGAGUAUUGCCGGCCAUUACUUAGUAUCGAUGCUACUCAUCUGUAUGGGAAAUACGGAGGCCACGCAUUAAUUGCCACAGGUGUCGAUGCGAAUGGUGGUUUAUUUCCGCUAGCUUUCGCAAUUUGUGAGGGGGAGAAUGGCUCGAGUUGGGAGUGGUUUUUAAGUUGCCUAAGAAGGUAUAUAACAAGAUCUCGAGUUAUUACACUAAUUUCAGAUCGUUUUAAAGGCCUAGCGAACCUCGUUGCACUUGUAUUCCCACCAUCUGAAGGUCAUGCUCAUCGAUGGUGUUUGCGACAUAUGAAGGCCAAUAUGAAUAUUCAUUUCAAAGGAAAACACUUACUUAAAAUUUUUUAUCGAAUUGGGAGUGCUUCAGAAGAACGGCAAUAUUACGCAUUAAAGGAAGAAUUGAAGGCUAUGGAUGAAGAAGCUUGGCGUUGGGUUGACAAUCUUCAUAACGAUAGGACAUACUGGGCUAAAGCUUUUGAUGGUGGUCGACGAUUUGGUAUUAUGACAACUAACCGAUCGGAAAGUUUAAAUGGGGUGUUGAGGGGAGUUCGCGCCUUACCAAUUACAGCUUUUGUGAUGGCAACAUUUCAUCGAGUGGUUGAAUUUUUUCUAAAACAUCGGACAGAAGGCGCUGCAAUGUCCACGCAGUUUGUCACGACUGUUGAAAAAACCAUCAAUAGCCGGAUGAGAAGUGCGAGAGGAUAUACCGUUCAACGAUUUGCAUUUCAUAUGUUCAACAUACUUAUUGGCGGGGAUGAUCAAUACCAAAUGGAUGAUCAUGACGAGCUGGGACCUAUUGAUAUAUCCGUGCUGACUGAGCAGCCACGACAUAGAUCUACUUUGAUCAGAGAGGAGGGAUAUUCUCCUGUUCAAUUUACGGAGCAUGGCCGUAAAUUGAACAGAUGGCAGUGCGAGCAUCCUGCGGUGUUGGACUUAUUGCGACGAGCAGGAUUUUAUUACGUUUCACGAUUGCGCCGCCUACAGCUCGAUCAGUCAUUAUUGGGAGCAUUAGUCGAGAGGUGGCGGCGGGAGACACAGAGUUUCCAUUUGCGACAUGGAGAGAUGAGUAUUACAUUGAUGGAUGUCGCAGUUAUUACGGGACUCCCCGUCGAUGGUGGCGCAGUGACUGGAGGGGGAUCCUAUCAGUGGGCAGAGCUCUGCGGGUUACUUCUCGGGGUGGUUCCGGAGGAUAUUAGGGGUGGUGAGAUCAAGAUAGAUUGGUUAUAUCAGCAGUUCCAUGAUAUCCCCUUAGACGCACCUCCUGCUAUUGUUAGAGCUACGAUAUGGGCAUGGGACCACCUGCAUAUUGGCCGCCCUGAGGUAGUAGGCCCGCAGCCUGAGCUUGUCGACAUGCCAUUAGGGUGUCGAUUAGCAUUUCUGGACAAUGUCAGGACUACUGAUAUUGAGUUUUAUCGUGAUCAGCCGGAUCAGCAGUUAGAGUCUCAGAUUUAUACAANGACUGGAGGGGGAUCCUAUCAGUGGGCAGAGCUCUGCGGGUUACUUCUCGGGGUGGUUCCGGAGGAUAUUAGGGGUGGUGAGAUCAAGAUAGAUUGGUUAUAUCAGCAGUUCCAUGAUAUCCCCUUAGACGCACCUCCCGCUAUUGUUAGAGCUACGGCGAGAGCAUAUAUACUAUUUCAGAUAGGAUGUAGUUUGUUUCCAAAUCCAAGCGGCAACAGGGUGCAUUUGAAAUGGUUGCCACAUUUAGAGGAUUUUGACCUUUGUGGUGCAUUAGCAUGGGGUGCAGCCGCGCUAGCACAUCUUUAUCGCGCCCUAGGAAAUGCUUGCAUCAGGGGAAAGGUCGAGUGUUGUUGUUUUGGGACAUUAGUUCAGAUAUGGGCAUGGGACCACCUGCAUAUUGGCCGCCCUGAGGUAGUAGGCCCGCAGCCUGAGCUUGUCGACAUGCCAUUAGGGUGUCGGUGGAAUACUAGAUUAGCAUUUCGGGACAAUGUCAGGACUAGUGACAUUGAGUUUUAUCGUGAUCAGCUGGAUCAGCAGUUAGAGUCUCAGAUUAUAUGGAGGCCUUAUGACGACGCAGUGUUAGAGACGCUCCCACCUUUUUGUCUGGCGGGGUCCCAGGUUUGGCGAUCGAGGACUACCUUAGUCUGCUUCCACAUUAUUGAGCUCCAUCAUCCCGAUCGUGUGCUUCGCCAGUUUGGGCUACUACAGCAUAUACCUGAACCUGUGCUUGCCAUACCUCGCAUCAAUUCACGAGGCAGAGCAGAUGAGGAUUGGGCGGCAUACCACGCCUCAUACAUUGAGCGUUGGAAUGAUAGAUUAGUAGAUAUAGCAGAGGUGACCCCUGGGACAGAUCCAGAUCCGAUACGAGCUGCCACUGUUUACAUGCAGUGGUAUUGGACGAUCACCAGGAGGUGGAUAUCUAGACCUGUACAGCGGCCACCACUUGCCUAUCAGCCACGUGGACACGUCGAGAGAGUAUUGGUUGAUAUCGUGCAGAGAUCACAUUAUACGAUCAGACGUGUCCUACCCGAUAUUUCAGGAGGUGGAGUCUUAGCUACCCUAUCACAGGUCGCCGAUCAGAUGGAGGCAGUUCUGGAGACUUUACCUACGCUUCCACACUAUGUACCUCCAGGACCAGCAGACUAUGGUGGAGCAUCGACGUCCGGCCAUGCACCCGUAUAUAGUCCACCGAUGCCAUCAUCACCGAUAGGGGAGCCACCUUAUGCUGAUGUUACGGACCCGGCACCAGCACCAGUACCGCAGGAUCCAGCUCGAGCAGGUGAUAUUGUUUAUUUUAGGCGUCGACGGCGAUCGAGGUCUAUCCGUACAGAUCAGCCCUCCUCUUCAGCUCCUCCACGGCCAGAUCAGCCCUCCUCUUCAGCUCCUCCACGGCCAGACAUACUACCGGCACAUGCUACUGCUGUGAUUGAGCCGGUUAUUGAGGGUGCUGCUAUAGAGCAUCUAGACCAGUUGGAGAUCUUGGAGCCUUUUGAUGAGCAUGAUGUUGGUCGUGGUCGCGGACGUGGUAGGCGACGUGGUCGAGGAGGUCGAGGGAGGAGAACAUGAUAUUAUAUUUAUAUAUUAUUGUAUAACUUGCAUUUAUUUUGUAUAUUCUGUUUUGAUUAUUUGGUAUUGAUUAUAUUAUUGAGAUUCUAUUGGUUGUGAUGUUGUAAUGUGUAUUAAUUUUGUGAUGUUGUGAUGUGUAUUACUUUUGUGAUGUUGUGAUGUGUAUUGAUAGGUAUCUGUAUCGUAUUCUUGUAAUGAAUCUUGUAAUUCAUUUUUCUUCAACAUGUAUCUGUAUCGUAUUCUUGUAUUGAAUUUUG